AUGUACGGUGAAAGACCUAAUAACAGCAUUGUUCUUUUUGUUUCAGCGCGCAGCGUCUCUCACAGUAUAACCUUCCUGGAGGUGCCACAAUGGGUGGACCCUCGGCGUGAAGCCGAGCUCCGCUGCCAGUACAUGAGGCAGGCUCAGGACCCACCGCUGCAUUCUGUCAAAUGGUACAGAGACAUGAACGAAAUAUUCAGAUACACGCCACAAGAGUACGAAACGCGUGCAUUCAACAGUACUGGAGUAUCGGUCACAAACAGUUCAUGCGACGCCCAAGCAUGUCUGAUCACAGUAAGGCCUGAGAGAGGAACUGCCAAGUACACUUGUGAGGUCUCCAGUGAAGGUCCCAGGUUCGCAGUGGACAGGAGAUCAGCGAACAUGACUCUUGCUGUGCUACCGGAGUACGACCCCCUCAUCACUGGUCUACCGACCAUCGUGCAAGUGGGCGAGCAGGCGAUGGUCAACUGUACAUCUGACUACUCGCUACCAGCGGCCAUCAUCGACUGGUUUGUCGACUCCGAACCGCAGGAGGACCCGCUAAUUACUGACAAAACCCAUAUAUCUGGCGCUGACGGGGAAGGGCUCCGGGCAUCCUGGCGGACCCUACACGUGUUUCCGGACGAUUACCCGACGCACCGCGGCUACCUCGCGUUGCGAUGUCGCGCGACACUAGCGACAAAACCGCCACACGUGCGCAGCAUGUCCGUGCGAUUGUAUGUCGCGAGUCGGCCGCAUAUAUCAUCGUAUAUGUUUAGUAAAAAUAAUGCAGUAGCUAGCAGUAGUGCCCACAAGUUGCAAGUGAAUAUAGCUUUGUGGACGUUAGUCUUACUAAUUAUAAGACGAGUGCCUUCACUAGUGAAAUAA